AUGAUUAGAGAGAGAUAAUUUGAAGUAAUUAAAACAUAAUAAGUAAAUUAACACUUACUAUGCAGCAUUUGCAGAGAAGUGUUUUAUAAUCCAAUAAGAGCCACUUGUGGGUAUCAUUCUACUUUCAUAUCUAGGCAUACUUUUUGUGGGACUUGUUUGGUUCGUUGGAUUCAAAUGAAAAAGAGUUGUCCUUUAUGUCGACAUAAACUUGAACGCAACUAUCAAUUCGACAAAGACAUUCUAGCAACCAAAAUUGUUGGUGAUAUUGAAGUCAAAUGUCUACGAUGUCAAUCUUGGGAGGGAACCUUGGCUUAAUUUAAAUAACACAAAAAAUCAUAAUGUACUUACAUCUCAACCAACAAUGAAAUCCAUCAGGAUGCUAUUGAAAUUGGAGAUGAUGAAGAAGAAUUUACAUUUGCAGGUCUCGCUGAAGAAAAUGAACCUAGAUAAUAAAUCAUUGAAAAUAUUGGGUAAUAAAUUUUGGCUUAGCUUGAUUAAUCCUAAAAUCCAGAAUCAUAACAACCACUCUAAUAAAACCAGGAUCUAAUAGCUAAUCAAUAAGAUUCUCCUUAAGAAACUAAUGUAAAUAAAAAUCUUACUUCUGAUCAAGUAGAAAUUCCAAAUAACAAUGAAGAAUUUAAUAUCGAGCUCUCGCAAAAGAAUCCUGAUAACAUUGAUACUAAUAAGUCCUAAAAUGACGAAAAUUAAAUUCAUAAUACAUUUGUUUAGCAUGACACAAAUAAUUAAAAUAAUUCAAUACAAGAAGGUGAGUAAAAAAUUAGCGAAGUUAGUGAAGUCAAUAAUCAGUAAUAGGAAUAACUUUAAAUUCCAGACUCUAAUUCAAAAGAGAAUGAAAUUGCAAGUUAAACUAAUAAUUAACCUAACAAUAUCAACAAUGAUGUAAUUGCGCAAUAAGAGAAUACAGAAUUAGCAGUAGUAGACAAUGUAUAGAAUCAAAUUUAAAAUGAAUCAAAGGAAGAUUAAUCAAAUUAGAAUAACGAAAUUAAUCAAUCUCUAGUGGAGUAAUUUAAAAUAAAUGAUCCUGAUAUUGAAAUAAUUAAUCCUACUGUUAAGUACUUAAACAAUAAGGAACUCAAAUAGAUCAAAGCGAAUACUAAAUUCAAAAUAAAUAUACUCAAAAAUAAUAAUAAUGUUAAAAUUGCAGAACCUAUGAUGGAGGAAAUAAAUGAUAACUUGUUUUUUUAAUUUGUUGAUUAAAUGAAAAAAGAAAUGGUUAAAAAACUAAGUGACAUCUAAUACUAUAAUACUUUGCUUGGCUGA